AUUUCCUUUCAGGCUCCAAUUAACAUACAAAGCCUGAUUUUUUUUUUUCAAGUUUCUGCAUAGAUUUGUCUUUGUAGCUCAACUCCCCACCAAGUUCCCAAAUGGCACCCCAAGCUGAAGUGCAACAACAAGAAAUCAUUUACCGAUCAAAGCUUCCCGAUAUCUAUAUCCCUAAGCACCUUCCUUUACAUUCAUAUUGUUUCCAGAAUCUGUCCAACGUUGCCUCCAAGCCCUGUUUGAUCAAUGGAACCACGGGCAAAGUCUACACUUACGAAGAAGUUGAACUCACUGCUCGCCGAGUCGCUUCGGGGCUUAACAAGCUCGGCAUCCAACAACGCCAAGUGAUCAUGCUUUUGUUACCCAACACUCCGGAGUUCGUCCUCUCUUUCCUUGGCGCUUCGUUCCGUGGCGCCAUUGCGACGGCGGCUAAUCCUUUCUUCACCCCGGCGGAGAUAUCGAAGCAGGCGAAAGCCUCGAACGCUAGGCUUAUCAUCACGCUAGCCAGCUACGUUGACAAAGUAAAGGAAUUCGCACAAGACAACGAUGUCAAGAUCGUAUGCAUUGACUCAGUCCCGGAGGGCUGUUUACACUUCUCCGAGUUAACCCAAGCCGACGAGAACGAUCUGCCUGAAGUCGAUAUCGUCCCCGACGACGUCGUAGCGCUUCCUUAUUCGUCGGGAACCACGGGGCUCCCCAAAGGGGUGAUGUUAACGCACAAAGGUUUGGUCACGAGCGUGGCGCAACAGGUUGACGGAGAAAACCCAAAUUUGUAUUUCCAUAGCGAAGAUGUGAUCUUAUGUACUUUGCCCAUGUUCCAUAUUUAUGCCCUGAACUCGAUCAUGCUCUGUGGGAUACGUGUUGGGGCUGCGAUUUUGAUCAUGCAGAAGUUCGACAUCGGGCUACUGUUGGAGCUAAUACAGAAAUACAAAGUAACCAUUGCUCCGAUUGUGCCACCGAUAGUUUUGGCCAUCGCUAAGUCAUCGGAAACUGAAAAAUACGACUUGUCAUCGGUGAGGAUGCUGAAGUCCGGUGCCGCUCCGUUGGGUCAAGAGCUUGAGGAUGCUGUAAAAGUCAAGUUUCCUGGUGCCAAAUUUGGACAGGGUUAUGGAAUGACAGAAGCUGGACCAGUUCUAGCAAUGUGUUUGGGAUUUGCCAAGGAACCCUUUGAAAUGAAAUCCGGAGCUUGUGGGACUGUUGUAAGGAACGCGGAGAUGAAAAUCGUCGACCCCGACACCGGUUUGUCCUUGCCGCGGAACCAGGCCGGCGAGAUUUGCAUUCGAGGAGAUCAGAUCAUGAAAGGAUACCUUAAUGACCCUGAGGCCACUGCUAGGACCAUUGACAAAGAUGGCUGGUUACAUACCGGAGACAUUGGUUACAUUGACGACGACGAUGAACUCUUCAUCGUUGAUCGACUGAAAGAAUUGAUCAAAUACAAAGGGUUUCAAGUUGCCCCUGCCGAGCUCGAAGCAAUGCUCAUUGCUCACCCUGAAAUCAUCGAUGCUGCUGUCGUCGCAAUGAAGGAUGAAGCAGCUGGGGAAGUACCUGUUGCAUUUGUGGUGAGAUCAGAUAAAUCUCAGAUCAGUGAAGAUGAAAUCAAGCAAUAUAUUUCGAAACAGGUGGUGUUCUAUAAGAGAAUAAGCCGUGUGUUCUUCAUUGAAGCCAUUCCAAAGGCACCAUCAGGGAAGAUCUUGAGAAAAGAAUUGAGAGCUAAACUGGCUACUGGAAACUAUUGAUUAUUAUAUUUGUUUUCUGAAAUCUUCCCCAACUUUUCCAUGAAAAAACUGUUUGAAAUAAUAUACAAAGAGUGUAUCGGUUAAAAAUAGGAACUGUUUAUAUAUGUUCCUUAAAAUCUGGAUAUAUAUAUAUACACAAAGUGAGUUUGGGAAGAUUGUAAAUUUAUGAGAUGAAAAGAUUCAAUUUGCUGAAA